GCCGUUUGGGAACGUCGUGAACCGAAACUGAGGUCUCAAGAGUUAGCGACACAGGGGGAGAGGACAUUAGAAGUCACUCAAGGUCGCUCAAUCGACACUAGAUGUCGCGCCGUGCAGUGCCGUCGCCUACUAAGAAAAGCAACACCAAAACCACGAUCACCUCACCUAAUUAGUCUCAACGAACGAGGAGGCAACGAUGAGCAGCGCAUUAAAGUGAAAACACUUCUGACAGAACGCAGCGCGCAGAGCAACACCACUUCCGGUGUUUUUCUCGCGUGUUUUCCUCCUUUGUUUUCACCACAGGAUAAAGGCGGGAGCUCCAUUCCGUUUCGACGGUGCCAGUGACGUUAUAAUUCUCUCGACCGUGCGCGACGUGGACCACCCCGGGGGGGGCGUCGGUAGGAGGAAAGGCGCGUUAAGAUAGUGUGUAAUUACAGCAUCAAACGACUGAACCAAACGACUUCCGUCUUGGCUCCUCGGCUCUCUCGGAACGCCCGUGGAAGUCACGGACACAAGUAACGGCAUCCGGUUCGGGGGGUUCAGCCCACGCGUGUGCAUCCAGCCACCGAGGUUGUUUAAAAUUCUGGCAAUGAUCUUUGGUGAUUUAGUAUGCUGCGUGCAUUUUGUGGUACUGUUUCAAUGCUGCAUUGCCGUGGUGGCCGUGGUGGCACCAGCUGAUCCUCCCUCCCUGCCACCACAACCACCGGUGGCUCCGGUGACUCCGGUGGCCGCCAAUGAGACCGGCGCGGGGUCCGGAUUGGCCGGGACAGUGGAGGAGCGCCUCACACUCGCUUCGCCACUGAUACAGACACCACCUACAUCCGGUGCCGGAUCGAGAUCGCUCAACCGAAGUGGCAAAUACACGGAGGAUGGUGCAACGAUGCCAGGAGAGCUGAACGAGUACUGCCGGGUGCCCCAGGACUGCCGACAGCAUGCCUACGUUUGCGACACUCGCCAGCAGGUCUGUGGCUGCGCCGAAGGAUACCGGGCGGACGAUACGGGCCGGAUUUGCCUUGGAGCCGUGGGCCGCCGGUGCAUGUACGAUAGUCACUGCGUCACGAAUGCUUAUUGCAAGGGACAAAUGAUCUGUACGUGCAAACGUGAAUACGGAUUCCUCGCCGACGAUAACUGGUCAUGCCAAGCGUCGUCCGCGCGGUACGGGACACAACUUCCGGGAAUGCAUCACUUCCUUGCGCUACUGGCCAUGGCCAUCACCGUUCCGCUUCUUCGCCAUAGUCCGGCCACAACAAACGCUCCGUAGCGCCAGCCUCGCUACUGAUGCAGCAGCAGUAGUUGCGCAGCAAAU